AUGGCCAGCACCCAGGAAGAAGACAUCCUUAAGAAGAAUUAUAAAUUUUUAACAUCUCUAGGUUGUGCUGCAUUUGAGGAGGUGAAAAUUGCCCAACACCUUUCCAUGAAAACGCAGGUGGCUUUCAAGGUGCUUGAGAAAGAGUACAAUGAUGAGGAGUACAUCAGGUCUGAAGUUGCGAUGCAUAAGUCCUUGCAACACAGCAACAUCAUCCAGUUAUUCCAUGCUAUCAACACGCUGCAGACCACCUAUCUCAUCAUGGUGUUGAUCAGGGAGGUGGGCUGUCUAAAGGAGGAGGAGGCUAGGCCCAUAAUCAAUCAGUUGGCAUCUGCUGUGCACUUCCUGCACCAAAGACGGAUCACGCACCGCGACAUCAAGCUAGAAAACAUCCUGCUGGGAGAAGGCAGCAAAGUCAAACUUUGUGAUUUUGGGUUGGUCACUCAGCUUGCAGAGGGCCAGAUGCUGGAGGAGCUGUGGGGCACCUUCCCAUAUUUGGCCCCUGAGAUCUUGGCCGGAACACCAUAUGACGCUAUGGCAGGGGAUAUGUGGAGCUUAGGGGUUGUCUUCGACGUCCUGGUCACCGGAAAAUUACCCUAUGUAGCAUCGACCCCCGAAGCUAUGUACUAUCUGAUCACCACCACCCCGUGCCGCAUUCCAUACCAUCUUUCUAAGGCCUGUUAUCUCACCUUGGCCAGACUGCUCACGGGUUACAUUUGGUCCAGGCUUACAUCAUCUCGGCUUAUGGAACGACCUUGGCUGGGCCAUAUUCAGGAACACGUAACAUCUCCUGCCAAGGAAAUCCUCCCCAAGGCUGUGGAGACCAUGUGUAACAUCGGGUACACCUGUGAGCAGGUUGUAUCGUCGCUAAAAGACCCAGAGUCAAACCUAACAGCAACGAUUAACAUCCUAAAAUUCAAAGUGAGCUCUGGGGAUAGCAGUCUGCAAAAUAUCAUCCCUGCAGUCGCUAUUAGUGUCCCUGUCGCCAUGAACAGGAACCACAGUGAACCGGCUCUGCUGUCCAGAUGCAGAUGCAAACCUCGGCUCCACACACACACCUGCCCGGAGGAGCUGCACUAUUCAGAUAACACAGCCACAGAAGGAGAUGCACUGGCCACUGAAACCAUCAAAUCCACUACAGGGGACACCACAGUCAACAUGAUGUCACUAGACUGCCGGGCUGAUGAAUCCUCCACCCCUGAGCCACCUCUGAAUGGGAAAUGCAUAGGGCUGGUGAACAUGGUCUUCAGCGAAGAACAAUCCACAGAGUCAGAGGUGACCAGUGAACAGGCCCAGGUUGUACCCACAGCCUCUGGAACUCCGGGGAACACAGGCCACUCCGGGGCUGGAAGCUGA